UCCUGAGACCAAUCAUUAAAUCUUAACGAUGACGUCCAGCUGGAAUAAGUUUACCCUGCUUUUGUGGAAAAAUUCUCUCAUUCACAGACGUCAUUACAUACGAUCCGCGUUUGAUAUAUUGCUUCCGAUUCUUUUUAUCUCUAUGGUUCUGCUGAUUCCUGUCGAUGAGCUAAGACAGAAGUUUUCACAGCGGAUAAAACUACAGGACGGAGUGGAAUUCGAUGUGAUAAAUUACAAGUUCAAAUCAACAGGGAACAAGCAAACGUUACUAUAUUAUCCUCAAAGUAAUUUAGUAGACGAGAUAGUUCAGGAAGCUGCCUUGAAAUUACAGAUAGAUAAUAUCGAACCAGUUCAGAGCCUGAAGAUUUUAAAGGCUCGGCUGGAGCAAGGCAACGCUGAAGCUGGUAUCGCUUUCAAAAAUAAGCUACAGUCUGUAGAUCGUCUACCGGAGAAAAUUUCAUACUCCAUUUCGUUCCCGACGAUUCCCUCGCACUUUGAAGAAGAUCCUACUGAGAAAUCGCUUGCCAUUCAAUCCGCGGUGUCUAGUGCUUUGCUACGGAGGUUAGCUCCAAGGGUGGAGCUGCCGUCCAUAUCAGUUAAAUCUUUUCCGUUUCGUGAACAUAUUGCAGAACUGCGAGAAUUCGUUUUGGUAGUGUUCAUUUUGCUGCUCCUGGCAUUUAACCCUACUUGUAUCAAUACCGUAAAAUACAUCACUGUUGAAAAGGAGCGUCAGCUCAAGGAAGCCUUGAAGGUCAUGGGACUGCAAAGUUGGAUCCAUUGGGCGGCUUGGUUCGUAGAAAUGCUCCUAAUGUUAACGAUAUCCGUUUCGGUUAUCACGUACAUGUUUGCGAGCUCGGUCAUGCAGCGAUCAAAUUGGAUGCUCAUUUGGAUUUUUCUGCUCACCUACAGCGUGGCUCUCGUGUGUUUUUCCUUUCUGAUUAGCGUGUUCUUCAAAAAAGCAUCCAUCGCAGCCGUGGCGGCUGGCAUUUUAUUCUUCGCUUCUGCGUGUGCUGUUAGCUCGUCUGACAGCUUUCAGCUUCGCAUCGCUAGUUCUUUGUUGUUCAACACAGUUUUUGGAUAUGGGUUGGAGGCUAUGCUUUACCAUGAGUUCAAAGUUAAUGGCCUCAUCUGGUCGUCAUUUUCCGCCGGUACAAGUUUCUGCAAGGAAUACAGUUUGGGCACGGCAGUUGGAAUGCUCUUGUUGGAUGCUGUUAUUUACAUGAUCGCCACUCUGUUUAUAGAACAGAUUCUACCGGGAGAAUAUGGAAUUCCGAAACCAUGGUAUUUUCCAUUUACACAGAGCUUCUGGGCGCAAUCGGGAAAUAAACAGGUGACUGUAACACUAGUGGAGCCAUCGAAAUCCCUCUACUACGAAGACGAUCCACGGUCGGCACGAGCAGGAAUACAGAUUCGAAAUCUAAACAAAGCAUAUCAUCGCGGAAAAUUCGUUGUGGAUAAUUUGACGCUGAACAUGUACGAAAAUCACAUUACUGUACUACUAGGACACAACGGAGCUGGAAAGACCACAACGAUCUCCAUGCUGACAGGUAUGCUUCCAGCAAGCUCUGGGACUGCGUUAGUCAACGGAUAUGAUAUACAUCACACGGAGCAAGUCAGAACAUCGCUUGGUUUUUGUCCCCAGCAUAACGUUCUCAUCGAUGAACUGACGGUUAAUGAACAUCUCGUGUUCGCUGCCAGACUUAGAGGAGUUUCUCGAGAGGAACUUUUUGAAACCGUUUCUAGUUAUGUUUCACUGAUCGGAUUGAAGGAUGAACGGAAAGCGCGUUCCAGUUCGCUGUCGGGUGGAAUGAAACGUAGACUAGCGAUCGGAAUGGCUUUUGUUGGAGGACCCAAGGUAGUGCUUCUGGAUGAACCCACCGCAGGGGUGGACCCUGCUGCUCGCCGAUCUAUUUGGGAUUUUCUGUUGGCGCAGAAAAACAGUCGAACAAUAUUACUAAGUACGCACCUCAUGGACGAAGCGGACAUUUUGGGUGAUCGGAUCGCGAUUAUGGCCGGGGGCAAACUUACCGCUGUUGGGUCACCAUUUUUCCUGAAGCAACUGUUUGGUGUUGGUUAUCGACUAAUCUGUGUGAAGGGUCCCAAUGCAAGAGUGGAUAAAGUUGAGAAAGUUUUGCAAUCGUUUCUAGACGAUGUUAAGAUAGACACGGAAACUAGCACCGAAGUAACGUUUGUUUUGAAGUCUUUGGCAAAUAUGGAAAAACUUCUGAUCCGGUUAGAGGCGGAACUCGAGACAUGUGGAAUGAAAAGUUAUGGCAUCGGGUUGACAACGAUGGAAGACGUAUUUUUGAAGGCUGGUAGCGAAUCAAUUAUGUUGAGGUCCACUGGUAAUUCUAAUCAAAUAGAUUUACCUAAUAAACCAACAUACAUUACGAAUCAGUUGAGGUUACUAAAAGGAAUGCGAGUAACCAUCAAUCAAAUCAGAGCAUUGUUUUGGAAGAAAUGGAUUUAUACCAAGAGAUGCUGGUUCAAGCAUGCUGUUCAAAUCCUGCUUCCAGCCGCGCUAGUAGCUUUGCUGCUUUUGAACGAUCAGCGAACGGAAAAUUCGAACGCUUCGGUGAACAUUUUGGAAAACGGAAUAACCGAACAGCUUGUUGUAGAUAAUUAUCGCAAGCUUCUUGGCAAUCGUCGCCUGCUCGAAACCCAGCUCAACAUGAAGAAUUUCCUUUCUGGUAAACUCCAGGAAACCAACUCACUAAAAGAGAAUGACCUACGAAUAGGUGCAACCUUUGCCGCAAACUAUUACACAGCGUGGUUCAAUAUCUUAGAUAGCACUUUGGCAACGGAAGCCUUAAAUCAGCUGUACAACGCUAUACUGUACUCGGAAUGCCUUCCUUGCAGAAUCACAGGUUCUUUGGAAAUGACGAAGAAACCACAAGAGCCAAUCGACAUUUUCUUGCUGAAUCUCGCCAUUUCAUUCGCAAUAGCGUUCGUCUCCUCAAUGUUUAUCUUUUUCUACAUCCGUGAACGUGUCUGUCAAGUGAAGCUCCUGCAACUGCUAGCCGGUCUAUCAUCCGGCCUAUACUGGAUCGUGAACUUUUUUUAUGACCUCCUACUGUUCUCACUCACGAUCGUCCUUCUCAUCAGCACUCUCACAUUCUUCAACGUUCCAGAAUGGUCGGAAUCUACCAACAUUACUCUUCUAUCACUCGUAUUUUUCUUGUACAGCUGGGCAUUUCUUUCCCAUACCUAUUUGCUAUCGUUUUGGAUCGACAAUCCUGCUUCCGGAGUGACCAAACUACUUUUACUCUAUCUAUUCGCCGGAAUCUUGGUUUUGCUGCUGAUGUUUGUGCUAAUUUCCUUUCAACUAGAUCGAUCAGCUGAGGCAGCAAUUGGAUGCUUGCACUUGGUUCCAGUCUUUACAUUGCUCAAAGUUUUAGGUAAAUUUGGACUUCGUGAAAAAAUGACUGAGAGUUGCAGUCUUGAGUGCGAUCUGAUUAGUGAAUGUUCCCCGGCAAACAUGUGCUCUUAUCUUCCACUGUGUUGCAACGAUCUGCUAACAUUAGAUGAUAAUGGAAUUGUGAGAGAAAUGUGCUAUUUACUAGCGACUGGUGUACUCUAUUGGAUUCUGAUAGGAUGCCUCGAAUACAAGUUGCAUCAAAGAUUACAGUGCAGACGGUCAAUACGGACUAUGGCUCGAGAGCUUUACAAUACCGAUACAGAUGUGUUGGAAGAGAAACUUCGAGUAAGCAGAAUGAGCCGGGAUGAAAUUAGUCAACACAGCGUAGUGGUGAAGAAUUUGAGCAAACGAUACGGAUCAAAUGUUGCGGUCAAACGACUUAGUGUGGCUGUGGAUGCAGGGGAAUGUUUUGGCCUCUUGGGAGUAAAUGGAGCUGGUAAGACGUCUACAUUCAAAAUGCUAGUAGGGGACGAAUCAAUUAUGUCUGGAGAAAUUUGGAUCAAUGGAGUAAACAUCGGUAAUAUAAGAAGGAUUGAUGUAGGGUAUUGCCCUCAAUUCGAUGGGCUCCUAGAUGAGUUUACUGGAAUGGAAACCCUUCGAAUAUUUGCUCUACUUCGCGGUAUUCAUGAUGAUGACAUCGAAAUCGUAACAUUUGGAUUAGCGGAAGAUUUAUCAUUCAAGGCGCAUUUGUACGAGCGAACGAAGAACUACAGUGGCGGCAAUAAAAGGAAACUGUGUACAGCACUUGCACUCAUGAGUCCAUCCAUCAUAUUACUAGAUGAACCCAGUGCGGGCUUGGAUCCUGGCGCUAGAAGAAGACUGUGGAAUGUUAUCAUGGCUGUCCGGGAAGCAGGUAGGACCAUUAUUUUAACAACACACAGCAUGGAUGAGUGCGAAGCACUCUGCACCAAACUCUCGGUAAUGGUGAACGGCGAACUGCGUUGCUUGGGCUCUACUCAACAUUUAAAAAAUAGGUUUUCCCAGGGUUUUAUGAUAAACAUUAAAAUGGAUAGGGAUAAUUCGGCGAACCUCGCCAGCACGAUUUUAGAUGCGAAAAACUUUAUCAAAAGGCGCUUUCCUGAUGCGGAACUAAGGGAAGAGCAUGACGAAUAUUUGAGCUUCUUCAUUCCACUAACGCAACACAAAUGGUCGGAAAUGUUCGGUAUAAUGGAAGCUGCGAAGGACUCGUUAUCGAUAGAAGAUUAUACUCUGGGUCAAACAACUUUGGAGCAGGUGUUUCUUCAUUUCACGAGAAAAGCCAAACCUCAUCGGUUUUGACCCACGAUUGGUACUUACACUCUAGCAGUGAUUGCCGUACCUGA